GCUUGUGAAGUAAGAACUUUGCCCGUCGAAGUUUUACCGGCUCUUCUGGGGGAGGGGGGGAAUCCGACAUAAUCUACAUAACCUAUCUACUUACAUGUGAGCGCGCUCAAAAAAUCCAAGAUGGCGAAAGCCUCGCACUUGGGACUCGUGCAAUUCCUUUGAUCUUUGAUUAUGUAAAAUCACUUUCAUGCUUCGUUCUAUAAUUGUCGAUUUCCUCACGUUUUCGUACAAGCGGGAAGCGCCAAGUCGUGGGGAGUGAAAGAGGUUAUGUCGCGAGUCUUUUGCCCAGAAAUUUUGCGCCGUUUGUUAGUGCCGCGAUAAGGAGAAGUGAGACCGAGUGGGAGAGAGGAAGAGAGAACACAUCAGAAUGAAGGAAAUCGUACUGGCGGCUUUUUCGGUGGUGUCAAGUUUGCUCAUUGUUUUUGGUCUUGUUUUACUUGGUUGGUACCUCGUCUGGAAAUUCUUCCUCUCGCGGUUCCGCUUUGUUCGAGAACUACUGGGUGGGAUGAGCGAAUCUUCUUCAGUAAAUGAUUUAAAGAGUGGACGGUCUCGUAUAAAGAAGAUUAGACGGGAUUGAGUAUUCUCCUUCCAAAACACGACAGGAGUAAAUUAUCUAACAAGAUACAUCAUCAAGGGGCAGGAAUCCCACUUUGAAUUUAUCAUCAUGUCCAUAAACAUACGUUGCGCCAACACCGACGAUCUAUUGAAUAUACAGCACUGCAAUCUCCAGUGCUUGCCAGAAAACUACCAAAUGAAAUAUUAUCUAUACCAUGCGUUGUCAUGGCCACAACUGAGUUAUGUUGCCGAAGAUGAGAAAGGCAGAAUAGUCGGUUAUGUGUUGGCUAAGAUGGAGGAAGAUUGCGAAGACAAUCCCCAUGGGCAUAUCACGAGUCUGGCAGUGAAGCGGUCUCACAGGAGACUGGGAAUCGCCCAGAAGCUUAUGAACCAGGCUUCGAGAGCAAUGGUGGAAUGCUUCGGUGCUAAAUACGUUUCACUACACGUAAGACGCAGCAACAGGGCUGCUCUUAAUCUUUACACGAGCAGUUUGCAGUUCGAGGUCUCCGAAGUAGAACCAAAGUACUAUGCAGAUGGCGAAGAUGCCUAUGCCAUGAAACGAGAUCUCAGCAGUUUUCAUCAAGACAAGAUUGCCAUGAAAGAAAUCAAGGAUGGCAAUUCGCAUGUCCACAGUGGUAGAUGCUGUGAACAUUCUUAGCUGUCUCUGUGAUGGCUGAAUGUAUAGCCAAAUGGCAAGUCUUAGAUGCCACCAAAUGACAAAUACUGAUAUCAAAUCAGUGACCGUGUCACUUCCAGGGUGAUGCGUCUUGUCGACCAUUCAAUAUUCAUGGGAAGCUAUCCUAUGUUAUGAUAGGUCUUAUAGAGCACUCCAUUGAGUAAUUAUUGUUGAUUGUUCAUGGACUGCCAUGAGGUGUACAAAACGAUUGUAUCUCUAAAUGAGUUGACUCGACACUUCAUAAUAAAUAAUUCAUUUGAAUACGGACUUAUAAAGCUGACUUAUUCAUAAGAUUAAGGUCAUUAAUUUAUUGUUUACCACAUAAUUAUAUUUAUAUUCGUUACGUUAUUAAAGGGGUUAGCCUACUGUACAAUUUUAAAGAAUGUAAAAGUACUGCACCUGAAACAGAGUCUGAUUUAUAAAUCAAGCAUAGAUUAACAGUAAGGAAUUUCCUGUAAAUCUGCGACUGAACGCUUAUUCUUUUGGUUCCGCUAUAGGCUAAUCCGAUACACUACUGUACUUUGAGACGCUAUGUCAUUUAUUUAUGGCAUUUAUUCCAUCAAAACUUGAAAUCAUCCUUCGACAAAUCGUUCUUUUGAAUUUCAAUGUUUAUUGAAUUGUUGACAUUGCGAUACACAUGUAAUAUGCUUUGAUACACAUUUUUCAUUUUCGCUCUCCAACAAAUGAACUACGCAGACUGUUCGAUUCAAUGUUAAAAAUCGAAAAGUAUUCCAAGCAAGUUGCAUUCCUUUUUAGAACACUUUUUGAUAACAUUUCUUUGACACGAUUACGAUACUUAGGAAAUUAUUAGAUUCGACCGUGUACUGGAUCUCUCUUCCUCACUUUCUGUCUAAAAGCGAGUAUAUUUUUCUUCAUCCUUAUCAUUCACGUCGAUAUUUGUGCAUACAUGUUCCGUUUGAUUUAUUAUUAAUAAUAUGUAUAAAUAUCCUUAUGUACAUUGAAUGCUUCUUAGUUUAAUUCGUUUGACUCAAAAGAGGCUGAACCAUAAAACGAUAAUGGCCAAAUUGUUUUUAAAUAAUAAAAACGGGGCCCUUGAUAUUUUCUGAACCAGUAAUUUCUUUCGAAUACUAUAUAAAGUCAGAGUCGGAGUCAAUUAAAUGGCGUCUAAGUAUAUUCUGCAUUCGGUUUCGACAACGGGAAUAAAUAUUACGUAUUCUUAGUCAAAAGAAAAGAAAAAAAGUAUCCUGGAAAUAUGUGCCUUGGAAGUUUUCCUGAUACGUUUUGAUGUUGCUAAAAUUGUCAAUUGUUAAAAAAGAAUUCGGGUGGUUUCUUCACGAAUUGAAGGUAUAAAGUAACGUAAAACAUUACUGCAUGAGCGAAUAUAUACUCUGAAGAGUUUUGAAGGAUUAAAAAUUGGCCAAUGGCAUAGCUUCGAUUAAUGCACUGCGAUUGCUUUUAUUUAAACUUUAAAUGGGAGUAAUAUAGCUUAUCGAUAGUUCGCUACAUCGCUUCCAUUCGAGCUUAAAAUAAAGACUUAAAACACCUAAACGACAGUUCGACUAGUUGCAAAAUUCAUGCGACAUCUCGUAAUACUCCGAACGGUUGGGUAUAUGUAUAAUGGACGAAAGUACGAAGAGCCAAAAAAUGGUACACGUCGAACGGGGAACGGAGUUCCCGAAAAUGUUCGAACCCGUUCCCCGACUUGCGACAUCGUUAACUUAAUUGUAAAAAAAAAAUCCGCCCAGCGUGUAAAAAUUAAGCACCAACCGAUUAACGUUCGCUGAAACGAAAGCAGUCCUCGAUCAUGCAAUCGAAAGCUGCCAGUAAUUUAUACAGAUAUUAAUCGACCGUGGGAAUAAUUAAAUAUAAAUCGGGAGCGAAAAAAUCGCUCGCAAAUCUUUCGGCCGUGUGGAUAAACGAAAAAUGUUUACAUCCCUUUCGAUACUGCCUUAUGUUCGCGGGACGAAUUCCUAAUCGUUAAUAUUCAUCAAUAAAUUAUUAUACAAUUCUCUUUACCGAUAUAUAUAUAUCUGUUAUAGAAUGCAGUUCAUGCAUUUAUACUCUAUGCGCGAUAUGCAUUGCUACACAUCCACACACUCGCACACAUACUCGCGAAAAAUACCGAUGCAGCUUAGGAGUGUGAGGAUCGCGUCGAUUGUUAAUAACAAUUGCUCUGCGACUUGGGGACACUUUUUGGCGGUUUCGGAUUACGGGAAAUCGACGAAAAAUUCGCUUGCCUCGCCGCGCAGGGGGGCAAUUUAAAUGUUACUUUGCCAGGAAUAAUUUCAUCUUCCACUGUGUAUCUUAUGUCACAGGAAUAACAAAUAUAUUAGAUGUCUAAUGAUAGGCUUAAAAAAAAUAUGGCGAAUUGUCGGAUGUUCUUAAACCCUGAGGAUGGCAUAAAAAAUCUAAUGAUACAAUUGUCAGCAAAACGUUGUGGUACAUUACGGAUAGAAUUUGCAAACAUUAACGCGAUCAUUCAGAUAUCACUUCAUUGCUGGAUACAAAUAAUUUUUUAUAUAAGUGCAAUAUUAAGACACAUUUCAUAAUAGUCUUUUUACGAAAAGGCGCGAGUCAGGGAAUUUUAAAUAUUUUCUUAUUACUUUCUGGAAGGAAUUAUUUUCAACUUGGCCUUGUAUAUGGAUAUGUAGAUUCCAAAUGACAAGGCCCAUAACAGAAUGAUGUACUAGCUGUAAUUAAUUAAAAAAAAGAAAAAAGAAACAUUAGACGUCCGUAUUUAAA